GCGUUCAUUGACGUUUCGAUGAUUAGCUUUGGUGUUUUAACAUUUAUAUCAUUUGUUGCAUCAAUUCAUUUAUAAAAUGAAUAGAACAAAGUCAUACAAAUCAAGAAGUCGAUCCAGAUCAAGGGAAAAACACAGAAAACGAAAAUAUGAUCGAGAACGAAGUUCUGACAGCUCAGAAGAAAGAGACCGUAACAAAAGGAAGAAAAAGAAAUCGAAAAAGGCAUCGUCCAGGUCUCGAUCACCACAUGACCGUGACAAAAGGAAACAUCGUCGGGACUCCAACAGUGGCAAUGAGUCUGACCCCAGGUCAAGGUCACAUAAGAGCAAGAAGCAUCGUGGCAGCGAUAGUUCAGACUCCGAUGCAUCAGAUGGAGAGGGUUUAAGAGGUGGCAGCGUGUUGUCACGGCUCAGUGCAGAACAGAUGGAGAAGUUAAAGGAGGAGGCUAGGUUGCGAAAAAGCUACAUAAAGGCAGUAGAAACCCCUGAAGAAAAAAGAGCAAGGCGCCUUGCCAAAAAGGAGGCAAAGGAGAGAAAAAGACGAGAAAAGAUGGGCUGGGAUCAAGAGUACAUGGGUUACACAAACGUGGACAACCCAUUUGGGGACGAACACCUUACAGAUACAUUUGUGUGGACGAAGAAAAUCUCAAAGGAAGGAAAUGAAGAGCUCGAUAAAAACCAGAUACACAUGAUGACCAAGAAAAAAAUGGAGGAAAACAGGGUGGAGUUGGAAAAGGUCAAGAAACGCCGUCUGGAGCGUGAACGUGAAAGAGAGGAACGGGAAAAUGAAAGGGAAAUGUUGCAGAGGGACAAGGAGGCUGAGUAUUACCGGGAAUGGGAGAAAUCUGAGGAUACGUUCCACCUUCAACAAGCUAAGAUGCGCUCAGAGAUUCGUAUCCAGGACGGGCGGGCGAAGCCUAUCGACCUGCUUGCCAAGUACAUCAGUGCGGAGGACGAUGAGCUUGCUGUGGAGAUGCAUGAGCCCUACACCUAUCUAUAUGGUUUGACCUCUACUGACCUCGAGGAUUUGCUGGAGGACAUCAAGGUGUAUCUGGAGCUGGAGCAGGGAAAGAACACGGAGUACUGGCGGGACAUCGUCACGGUAACGGAGGAUGAGCUGCAGAAACUGAGGAAACUGGAGAACACUAGAGAUUACCGAGACCUUCGUGAGGGUGUGAAUGCAGCAGUGACUGACGAAGUGGUGGCCGUGUUUAAGGGGAAGACGACCAAACAGCUGCUGUUACUGGAGGAGCAGAUGAGGAAGAAAUUGGCGGGAGGAGAAGGGGUGGAUGUAGGUUACUGGGAGUCCCUGCUACAACAGCUGAAGGCCCACAUGGCCAAGACUCGUCUCAGGGAACGGCAUCAGGAUGUCCUGCGAAAGAAACUCUUCAAGCUCAAACAAGAGCAAGGAAUAGAGUCCGCUGGUCUGUUUCCGGCGGGAUUACAAAGGGAGGGUACUCCAAAUUCUGACCGUGCAACUCCAAACUCUGGUAGAUCUACACCUGUGAAGAAGUCACGGCCAACUGGUGCUGAUGGUGCUGAUGAUGUGGGAAGUAGAACUGAGGAUGUAGUCAAAGUGAAGCAAGAGGAGGAACAACCUGGUACUAGCACAUUUGGAUUGGAGACGCAACAUUCCCCAGAGCCAGAAGCAAAAGACAACGAAAAUGAUGAAAUUGAACUUUCCGAGGAAGAUUUUGUGGAGGACCCAGCAGUUGUAGAGUAUCGUGCGGGUAACUACUCCCCCGUACUCUUUGCCCCGCGGGAAAUUGACGAUUUAGAGGCGGUUAUAUACGACCCUCUUGAUGAUAUGAAGAAACUCGCACUGGCUCGCACACAGGUGAAAUCCACCGGUAAAGUCCGGUUGGACCAGGAGUCGGAGCUGAUAGAGAAGGCGAGGGAGGGCAUGGAUGAUGAGGAGGCCCAGUUCAGUGUGCAGCAUGAGCUGGAGAAACAGUCCUUCCUCUGGUCAGACAAGUACCGGCCUAGGAAACCCAGGUUCUUCAACAGAGUACAUACUGGCUUUGAAUGGAACAAGUACAACCAGACCCACUAUGACAUUGACAACCCUCCGCCUAAGAUUGUACAGGGAUACAAGUUUAAUAUAUUCUACCCAGAUCUCAUUGACAAGUCCAGGACCCCAGAAUACACUGUGACACCAAUACCAUCAGAACCAGAUUUUGCCAUUCUUAAAUUUCAUGCCGGACCACCGUACGAGGACAUUGCCUUUAAGGUUGUCAACAAAGAGUGGGAGCAUUCGUACAAACGCAGUUUCCGCUGUCAGUUUGCCAACAAUAUCAUGCAGCUCUGGUUCCACUUCAAGAGAGAACGCUACAGGAGAUAGCACCUGCAUAGUUUUGGGAACAAUUUGGGAUCCAGCUUUCUCACCAUAGGAGUUAGCCUCUGUACAUUUUUGAUGACUCAUUUGUUCCCAGCUUGCUGCUGUCUUACAUUGGAACCACAUCAGCUUAUAUGACUGCAGGGCACCAGAGUGGGAUUCUUGAACUUAAUCCAUGUUUACACUUUAUGUUAGGCACCUGUACUGGCUGGGUACCAAACUCACAUAUAAGUGACUUUGUUGACUCCUGACUCACUGGGAGCCAGACUGGCAGAAUAACCCUUACGGUUCCCUGCUUGAUUGCAUUACUGAGUCUGCUUUGGAUCCUACAAUGGCUUGGCACAAAACUCAUAUUUAAGUGACUGUGUUUAUUUCUGACUCACUGGGAACCAUACUAACUAAAUUGCCCUAACAGUUCCCAGCUUGAUUGCAUUACUGAAUCUACAUUGGCUCCUAUAAUCGCUGAGUACCAAACUCAUGAUUUUGGGGCCAUGUUUUUUCAUGCAGUUAAGGUAUCUUACUCGCCCAUGUAAUGAGUGAAACAAAUUAUAGUAAAAGCAACAAGAUGCAUUGUGACGUAUAAAUAUGCUUCACUCAACAUUUCACUUCGCAAGAACAUGACCUUUCUCAUUGAAAAAUAAUGCUAUUGCAACUGCGAUAAGUGCGCCAAAUAACCCAUGGCCCCUCCUACCUGGUAAAGGUAUCUUAAUAGUAGGCAAAGAUAUUGCCAGUACCAUGAUGGGGUACCAUAUUCACAUUCUAAGUAAAAUUCUUAGUUCUCUGAUGGGUACCAUAUUCAUAAUAAGUACCGUGACCAUGUCAGCUUGCAGAGAACGGGUCAGUGAGGAUGUUAUUGUAGUUUUUAUGUUCAUGAAUUACAACCAUAAUGCAUUUUUAUAUAACUUGAUGGGGUCUUUAUAAAAGAGUUGUGGAUACUGUUAUAAAGUGCCUUAACUAAGUAAUAGUUUGUUAAUGUUCAUAGUUUUACUUGUAGAUGCAACUUAACAAACAAGCCUCAUUCUGCAAAAACUGAGCUUAAUGCAUGCACGAUAAGACUUAGUGUUAACCCAGUUUUGUCUAUGCAGUUCGGGGUCCAAACUUUCAGGCUAAACUGUACUAAAACGUACCCGGCCUUUAAAAAACCUGAGUUUUCUUUCCGCCUAAAAUCCAAUGUCAUGUAACGCACUAUGGAAUACGAAAAAAAAAUCUCUUUAAACAAAACCUGCCUCAACAUUCUUUUUUGAGUAUGAGUUUUGAUAAUAUAAGAGACCAUUUUACCAAAUAUUUACAUAAAUAUAAACAUAAUUUAUUUGAAAAAAAAUAGCCGGCCAAUGAAGCGUUUUAGCAUAUUUCCCGUACCCGGGAUACAUGUAAGUAUGCUUAAGAGUACCACCUGGGGCACGUUUAAGUUAGUAGUACCCAAGCCGACAAUGAACAUUUGAGAGAUUUUUCAUUUAGAAUAGACUUCCUAUAAAGACAUGAUUCCAUAAAAGCAAAAAGCAUCGUCCCUAAUAAGCCUGUGCAGACUUAAAAGGCUAAUGUGGGACGACACUUUGUGCACAUGCAUUAAGCCCUGUUUUCUCAGAACGCAGCUUAAAAAGAGGCUGGCCGGCAGAAAUUCUCCUGGUCAGGGCUCAAAUAAGCUUUGACUUCUAGAGUGAAGUUGUUACGAAAUUCUUAUUGCCAGUGGGUUUUUUAGUGGAUGGUAAUGCGUUUAGUACUUGAUGUACCAACGAUAAUAUAUGAAAGACAUGAAAACACUUAUAGCUAUCACAACUGAACAAUGGCAACAAAAUUAACAUGUGUUCAGAUUAUUCUGAAUGUAGCGUACAAAUACUGUGUCAGUGAUAUGUGUAUAACAAAAUAUUUUAAGUUUAUUGCAAGUGUUUCUGUAAAUGCAUGUGGGCAAAUGCAUACACAUUGAUAAAGUAUGCAUGUAUAAUUAAAAAUUAGACUCGGUUCAAGUGCUAGUUCAAUGUAUUAAAUAGCUACUGGUCAGAAUUGUUUUUUGUGUAAUGGUCUUUUUGUGUACAUGUAUAAAUAAUAUUUAAAUGAAAUAAACAUCACUAUGUUUAAUUUGCACCUGUACUUGAAGUGACAUUUCGUUAUAUUUAUUCUACACGAGUAUAUUGUUUCAAUUAUAUACUUGUCUUGUAUAUACAUUUUCUUUAUGAGAUACAAAAGAUGCAUCUUUUAUGUUUGACACACAAUAGGUAAAUAAGUAAAUUAAGAAACGGAUAAGCGGUUAAUCGAAUAACCAUUGCCAUCCCUAUUAAUAUAUAUAUGGUUAACCGAAUAAUCGUUGCCAUCCCUAUGAAUAUAUAUAAGGUUAACUGAAUAAUCGUUGCCAUCCCUAUGAAUAUAUAUAAGGUUAACUGAAUAAUCGUUGCCAUCCCUAUUAAUAUAUAUAAGGUUAACUGAAUAAUCGUUGCCAUCGCUAUGAAUAUAUAUAAGGUUAACUGAAUAAUUGUUGCCAUCCCUAUGAAUAUAUAUAAGGUUAACUGAAUAAUCGUUGCCAUCCCUAUUAAUAUAUAUAAGGUUUACUGAAUAAUUGUUGCCAUCCCUAUGAAUAUAUAUAAGGUUAACUGAAUAAUCGUUGCCAUCCCUAUUAAUAUAUAUAAGGUUAACUGAAUAAUCGUUGCCAUCGCUAUGAAUAUAUAUAAGGUUAACUGAAUAAUUGUUGCCAUCCCUAUGAAUAUAUAUAAGGUUAACUGAAUAAUCGUUUCCAUCCCUAUGAAUAUAUAUAAGGUUAACUGAAUAAUCGUUGCCAUCCCUAUUAAUAUAUAUAAGGUUAACUGAAUAAUUGUUGCCAUCCCUAUGAAUAUAUAUAAGGUUAACUGAAUAAUCGUUGCCAUCCCUAUGAAUAUAUAUAAGGUUAACCGAAUAAUCGUUGCCAUCCCUAUUAAUAUAUAAUUAUAAGGUUAACCGAAUAAUCGUUGCCAUCCCUAUUAAUAUAUAUAUAUAUUAAUAGGGAUGUCGACGAUUAUGCGGUUAACUGCUUAUCGGUUUCUUAAGGAGGUUAAACGGUUACAAAAAUAAUAUUCGGUACACAAAAUAGAUAAAUAAAUUAAUUAAUUAAGAAACGGAUAUAUAUAUAAUAUAUAGGUUUACCGGUUACAAAAAUAAUAUUCGGUUACUCUUGAACACAAAUGGGUGUUUUCGUUAACUGUUUAAAAUUAUUAAACAAAUACAAUCUUCAAUAGGUGAACACAAUGUCAUUGUGUUGCACCAUUAAGCACUUUUCAUCAAAAUUACAUCGUUAAACACAUCAGCAACAAUGAUUUAAACUUGCCAUGUGAAAAUACAUGCUUAGAACUAACAACACAAAAGUUAAGAUUUAUUAUUAUGCCAAAUAAGAAUAUUCCAUGUAUAUCCAUGUAUAUUUUACAAAUGUGUUCUGUGAAAGCUUGUGAAAAUCUGGUGUAUGUUAACCGCUAAAUACUUUUUAUAUGUGUUUGGUUAUGGCAUGCCAGCAUUUAAAUGGCACUUUUGAAGACUUCUAGCAUAAAUUAUGUGAUUAAAUUGUAAAAUGAACGUAUAUAAUAUUUGACUUGAGCUAAUUUAUCACAAAUCUAUGCUUCUAAAUAUACUGAAUUAUUUUAUUGGAUUUGGUUGUUUUUUCUUUUCUUUUUCAUUUAACAAACAUUUAAGAAGUAAUGUUUUUUGUGAGCUGUAUCUUAACCAAGGCCACCAUUUUAAUAUUAGUUAUACGUCUUCAAAACAACCUAUGUGGUUUGAAAUUUCUGAUCUUUUGUCUGCAAUGACAACUAGAGCUUUGUCACAGACAUGACGAAUACCCCACACGCAGCAUUGACACAGAAUAUUUUGCAUGUUGUCUUCACAAAAAACAGCGGACACCAUGCUCAAUGUUUAAAACGCACUAAGUGAUCCCGUGACCUAGUUUUUGAUCCGGUAUGGCCCAUGUUUGAACUUGACCUACACAUCAUCUAGAUACAACUUCUGACCAACUGUGGUGAAGAUCGGAUUAAAACUUCUUGAAUUAGAGAGCAGACACCAUGCUGAAUGUGUAAAACGUACUAAGUGACCCUGUUACCUAGUUUUUGAUCCGACAUGAGCCAUAUUCGAACCUGACCUAAAAAUCAUCUAGAUUCAACAUCCGACCAAGUUUGGUGAAGAUUGGAUGAAAACAACUUGAAUUAGAGAGCGGACACUUAAUACGGACCGACAGACAGACGGACUCGUUUGUGGGGGUAUAAUAAUAUUUUACAUAGUUGUUUGGGUUUGUUUAAUUGUUCUGAAUAGACAAGUUUGUAUGGUCCCCUUAACCAACUGUAUAGUGGAAUAAAAUGUUAAGAGUAUAUAA